AUGUCGCACCACCAGGCUCACGAGGAGGCGAUGCGACAGGCACGAGAGACGCAGUUUCGACUUCAACAAGAAGCGCGACGCAUCGCCACACCACGCUUCGGUCCCGCUGUCAGCGGCGUGCUCUGGCGAAAAAGCCGCCCUGAAGGAAUUGCAGAUGAAAGCCCACAAACGCCAAUCCUCAGCAUCAUCGAGUUCUCCCUCAAGCCCGGUGUCGACCUUGGUGAUGGUUCCAGACCGCCUCGGAAGCUCUUGGACGCCACGUUGCGCUACAUCAGCUCGAUCCCGGGCUGUUGUAGUAUUGAAUGGGGGUUGAGGCUAGAUGCAGAAGUAGAGGCUGGUUUCUUCUGUUUAAUUUACUGGGACAGCGUCGUCGCCUGGCACAAGUUUCAGCAUUCUCUGGGCUUCACUCCCCUAGUAGCGCUACUUGCGUCGGACGUUUCCAACCGCUGUGCCAAAUUUGCAGGAAGAAUAUCGAGCGCUUUGGGACUCGGCGAAGCAGUGAGAGCCACCACAAUAAUAAUUGAUGUUGUAUCAGUCACUUUCAGCACCCAGGACGUGUCGUCGCAGGAACGUGGUUCAACUAUUGAAGAGAGAUGGAACGCUCUCGUCGCUUCACUGACAGAUGGCGAUGGUGGCAAUGGCCUUUUACACUCCCAUGCCGUGUGGCUUGAGAAGAAUGCAUCGACAUUCGCCGAUCCAUCUCCAGCUGAGGCUGCUGCUGCGAAUGUCUCGGCCACUUUUACUGCAUUUCUUGUUUGGGAUGGAAUCAACUACGAUAGUCAUCGUGCUGAGCAUCUUUGUGACAGCCUACAACCUUCACUGCAAUCCCCUCACAGAAACGAGCCACCUACCACCUCGAGAAAAUUGGUCCAGCUCAUCAACCAAGUCCAACCACAAGAAGCCCAUAAUCCACCACAACAACCAACCUCAUCGCUCACCAGCCUAGCCUCUAUUCUUCAAAGUGAUUUCCCACGCCAAUGUAGUGCCGACCUCUUCAACCUCAGAGAACAUGCCCGCCGGGUCCUCGACCGCAGCAUCAGCGACACAAGGGCAAGGACUCGGCUGUUCCCACUCCCGCAGGGCUAUUUUACAUCUCAAGGCGAGCUUCACGAGGGCAGUAUGUCUGUGAUUUCCGAAUGGCGGAAUAGACAGACAUCUUGGGGCCAUUACCUCGUGGACAUUGUGUGGAUGCAACUGAAGCGCCAUUCGGUCCGGGUCCACGGCCCUCGUAUAUACAAUCAGAUUAAGGACGAUGCAGGGGCGCUGCCAGGUUUUGUUGAGGCCUUUUGGGCUCGUGAUGUCGAGGAUGACACUAAAUUUGCCGUACUAAUAGUCUGGGGUAGCGAACAUGCGCAAAGAGCUGUUUUACACGACUGUCGUCGGAUACUGGACGGCCUUGCAGCAUCGUCCUCCCACAUGUCAUCACCAUUAACAUAUCAAACUUUUCCAAUAGCCCGAGGUCACGAGGGUUCAACAGGGCUCGAUCGCGUAGAGUAUCUCGAGUUAUCAUGGUUCUAUCUUCCGCCAGGCGCGCUUGAGCGUCAACUCUUCGAGUAUGCCUACAGCGUCUUUACCCGCAUGACGGUGCCUUCGCAACAAGGAGGAAUCCCCACCGCGUUCCGAGUGAGUAGCAAUUUGGGGGGCUGGCAACCUGCCGAAGCCACUGAGACUUCCGACUCUCAGACUUUUACCGCGGCGCUGACUUGGAUGAGCCCUGCUGCAAGACAAGAGUGGUAUAAGGAGCUACUCGGGGCCUCGCUCUGGUCAUAUGAGCUGUUUGGCCACAAACUCGAUGCCCUAAAGAUUCUGGCCACGGGAGGGGUUUCGGGGCGGUUCCUAGCCAUGCAGAGGUCUUGA